GAAGGCAUAGUGACAGUCCAAUUGUAAUUUGCAAUAAGGGCAUCCAAACCCAGAACCUAAUCAUCUUUUAUUUGCAAACUUUUGCGCAUUGGAAUUUGGAGGCCAUAAAAAAGAUGCGAUGCUACACGCAAACAAGUAGUUCAAGUCCAAUAAGCAAAGCAAGAUAGAAAGAUUGGCUAGCUCACACACCUCAAUUGAUACAACACCCAGUUGCUGAUAGUUAUUAUAUAGAGUUCAAUUCAUGCUUGCAAGCUUAACCAUGGAACGGUAUGAGAUAAUUAAAGAUAUUGGGUCAGGGAACUUUGGUGUGGCAAAGCUGGUCAAGGAAAAAUGGAGUGGUGAAUUGUAUGCUAUCAAGUUCAUUGAGAGAGGCUUCAAGAUUGAUGAACACGUGCAAAGAGAGAUUAUAAAUCAUAGGUCCUUGAAGCAUCCCAAUAUCAUUAGAUUUAAAGAGGUGUUACUCACUCCAACUCAUCUUGCAAUAGUCAUGGAAUAUGCUGCCGGGGGAGAACUGUUUGAAAGAAUAUGCAGUGCUGGGAGAUUCAGUGAGGACGAGGCGAGAUAUUUCUUUCAGCAACUGAUUUCUGGAGUCAGCUAUUGCCAUUCAAUGGAAAUUUGCCAUAGAGAUCUUAAGCUGGAAAACACACUUCUAGAUGGAAGCUCAGCACCACGACUUAAAAUCUGUGACUUCGGUUACUCAAAGUCAUCUGUUUUGCACUCCCAGCCAAAAUCUACUGUAGGAACCCCUGCCUAUAUUGCACCAGAGGUUUUGUCAAGAAGAGAAUAUGAUGGCAAGGUCGCGGAUGUUUGGUCUUGUGGGGUGACCUUAUAUGUGAUGUUGGUUGGAGCAUAUCCUUUUGAAGACCCAGAAGACCCAAGAAACUUCAGAAAAACACUUCAGCGAAUUCUUAGUGUCCACUAUUCUAUUCCAGACUAUGUACGUAUCAGUAAAGAGUGUAGGUACCUUUUGUCUCGAAUAUUUGUGGCCAACCCGGAAAAGAGAAUUACCAUACCGGAGAUUAAAAUGCACCCUUGGUUCCUCAUGAAUUUGCCACUAGAAUUUAUGGACGAGAGUGAAGGGGUGUUGCAAAAUGAUGAUGUGAAUGACGACUCAUCUGAGACUCAAAGCAUUGAAGAAAUACUGUCCAUAAUUCAAGAGGCUAGGAAACCGAGUGAGGGCCCAAAAGUUAGUGAGCAAUUUGUUGGGGGCAGCAUGGACCUUGAUGAUAUUGAUGCGGAUGCUGACAUUGAUGACAUUGAGACAAGCGGUGAUUUUGUCUGUGCAUUGUGAAUGAAUAUUGAUGAUGCUUGCAAUCUUGCACUUUGCACACUAUUUCUCCCUGAAAAGUCGUUUAAGAUAAGAGGGUACUUAACGAGAUAGAUGUCAGGAAGUUUCAUAUCAAUUAGUGUCAAUUGAUUAUAAGUUGAAAUCUAACAUCGUAUUAAAAUCUAUAGUCCAUCUUAAUUUCUUAUUUUAGUAGGUUGUUUGUAUUGAUUUUAGAUUGAAAUCUAACAAUAGAUAGAUAAGGUAGAACCAAACAAAA